AUGACUACUCCAUCGAUUGACAUAAAAUUCACCAAGAUUUUCAUCAACAAUGAAUGGCAUAAUUCUUUGAGUGGUAAAACAUUCACAACAGUGAAUCCGACUACUGAAGAAACAUUAGCCUAUGUACAAGAAGCUGAUGAAGGUGAUGUUGAUUUGGCUGUAAAAGCUGCAACUGAUGCAUUUCGUCCAUCUUCACAAUGGCGUCGAAUGAAUGCAUCGGAACGUGGUCAUUUGUUACAAAAACUUGCUGAUCUUAUGGAACGUGACAAAGAUUAUCUGGCUCGUUUGGAAGUAUACGAUAAUGGUAAACCGUUAGCUGAUGCUAUCGGUGAUAUUGAUGCUUCAAUCGGAACGUUUCGUUAUUAUGCCGGUUGGGCGGAUAAAAUUCAUGGCAAAGUGAUUCCAGCUGAUGGUAAAGUGUUUUCUUAUACGAAAAUUGAACCAGUCGGUGUUUGUGGUCAGAUUAUUCCAUGGAAUUAUCCGCUGCUCAUGGUUGCAUGGAAAUUUGCUCCGGCAUUAGCUUGUGGCUGUACAAUUGUUUUGAAACCGUCUGAAUUCACACCAUUAUCUGCAUUAUAUGUGGGUAGUUUAAUUGUUGAAGCUGGAUUUCCCGCUGGUGUCGUAAACAUUGUUCCUGGCUAUGGUUCGACAGCCGGACAUGCUUUGGUUCGACAUCCUUCUGUAGAUAAGAUUGCAUUCACCGGAUCAACACAAACUGGACAAUUGAUCAUGAAAACUGCAGCCGAAACAUGUAAACGUGUAUCAUUGGAAUUGGGAGGAAAAUCACCGUUGGUUGUAACUGAAAGCUGUAAAGAUUUAAAGAAAGCGGCUGAAAUAGCACAUCAAGCUUGUUUUGCCAAUAUGGGUCAAUGUUGCUGUGCUGGUACACGAACAUUCGUUCAUGAAUCGAUCUAUGAAGAAUUUGUUAAGAUGGCUGCCGAAAUUGCCCGUAAUCGUAAAGCAGGUGAUCCAUUUGAUUCGAAAACUGUUCAAGGACCACAAAUCAAUUUGAUACAAACGGAAAAAAUACUUGGAUUAAUUGAAUCCGGUAAGAAAGAAGGUGCACGUUGUGUUACUGGUGGUAAACGAAUGGCUGGCAAAGGAUAUUUUAUAGAACCAACUGUUUUCGCUGAUGUUACCGAUGAAAUGAGAAUUGCACGUGAAGAAAUUUUCGGACCAGUACAGCAGAUUAUUCGAUAUUCAUCAAUGGACGAAGUAAUUGAACGUUGUAAUGAUACUAGAUAUGGAUUAGCAGCAGGUAUUAUUACAGAAAAUUUUGAAGAAAUUAUUAAAUUCACUGAAAAUGUACGUGCCGGUACCGUAUGGGUUAAUUGUUAUGAUGAAGGUGGCACACAAAUACCAUUCGGUGGAUACAAACAAAGUGGUAUUGGCCGCGAAUUGGGUGAAGAUGGUCUACAUCCGUAUUGUGAAAUUAAAUCCGUAAUUAUUCGAAAAUAG